GUUAACCUGUACUCGAGACAGGAAGUGAAAAGCUUCGUUCUUUUGUAAACAGCACGGCUUGGGAAAGUUAACUCGCGCUAAGUAACAAGUAUGACCGGAGAGACAGAAAAACCAUAAUGUCCAUCGAAAGGAUGACAAAUACCUCGCGUGACUGCUGACGGGGGCUGAGAAAAAGCAAAAUUUCCGCGCGCGCGACUUAGUAGCUCGAGCAAACAAACCGACAACAGGCGUCUCGCGCUGUUGCUUUGGCUGUGUGUGCGUGCGCGCGCUCGCUCGCUCGAGAGACAGACAGCAGUAAACUAAUGCUAGCCAAGUUGAGUGAUUAAACUCGCUAAGAUACAUAACGCGGUUUGGGCGACGAUUACAUGUUAAAUGUUAGCGUUAAAACUUCGGACGUGUCUGAUAAAGAGGAGUCCGAGUUUCGAAUAAGAAAGGUUUUCGCUCAUUUUAGGGUUUGGCUUUCAAAUUUCCCUCCGUUUUGUUGAGUCGGGGGAGUCUGAGCUAAUAGGGCGGCGGGCUAACGCGUUCAGGCCGCAAGGGACAGCAACAAAUCCCGUGUAACCUUUAGUUUUGUGUCGUUGAAGUAGUUUGUAAUUUCGUGAACUUUCCGGAGCCUUGGAUACUUAAUUUGUCUCGGAUUAGGGUCAAUCAUGGAUCCUCCUAACUCUGGAAAUUCAGCAUCUGCUCCCGCCGCCGCCGCCGGUGCUUCUUCGAAAAGCGGAAAAGACAAAAAACCGAAGAAGGGCUACGAUGAAGGAGAGGGGAAAAAGAAAUUUACCUUCAAACGACUCAUUCCCGAUGAGCUGGAGCGGUUCACAAGCAUGCGAAUAAAGAAGGAGAAAGAGAAGUCAGGCCCGGCAAGCCAGAGACACUCCUCUGCUGUGCUGUACGAAGUCCCAUCCCAGUCUGGCAUGCUGCAGGACCACAGUGAUGACUACAUCCUGGAGCUCUUUGAGCAGAUGCUGGUGGACAUGAAUCUCAAUGAGGAGAAGCAGGUGCCGCUGAGACAGAAGGACAUUUCCAUAAAGCGAGAGAUGGUCUCUCAGUACCUACACACAUCUACAGCUGGCCAGAGCCAGAAAGAGAGUUCCAGGUCUGCUGUGAUGUAUAUCCAGGAGUUGAGAACUGAACCCCGAGACGCACAGUUGCUGAGCUGCCUCGAGUCUCUACGCAUCUCCCUUAAUAACAACCCUGUCAGCUGGGUGCAGACGUUUGGAGAGGAGGGUUUGUUUUUGCUGCUCGCCUUCCUCAAGAAACUCCAGGAUGAGAGAGAAGAGUACCCGAACUCUGGUGUUGGAGUAAAGUGCCAACAUGAGAUCAUCCGCUGCCUCAAAGCCUUUAUGAACAACAAGUACGGUUUGAAAGCCAUGUUGACAUCAGCUGAUGGGAUACCGCUCCUGGUCCGAGCCAUAAAUCCCCGUGUCCCUCAUAUGAUGGUGGAUGCUGUCAAACUGCUGUCAGCUAUCUGCAUUCUUGAACACCCUGAAAACCUUCAUGAGCGUGUACUGGAGUCUAUAACUGCACUGGCUGAGGAGAGGGAAAUCGAGAGAUUCCAGCCCCUGCUGUCUGGCCUGCAAAAGUCCAAUAUUGCUCUCAAGGGAGGCUGUAUGCAGCUCAUCAAUGCUCUGAUCAGCAGAGGAGAGGAGCUCGACUUCAGAAUUCACAUUCGCUCUGAGCUCAUGAGACUGGGUCUGAGGGAGCUGCUCGCUGAGGUGAGGAACAUAGAAAAUGAAGAGCUUCGUGUGCAGCUGCAGGUCUUUGAUGAACAGGCUGAGGAAGACUCCGAAGACCUGCGUUCUCGUCUCGAGGAUGUGCGCAUCGAGAUGGAUGACAUAUCAGAGGUGUUCCAGGUGCUACUGAACACCGUGAAGGAUUCAAAAGCUGAAGGCUUCUUCCUGUCCCUCAUGCAGCACCUGCUGCUGGUGCGCAAUGACUACCUGAUUAGGCCACAGUACUACAAGUUGAUAGACGAGUGUAUAGCGCAGAUCGUGCUCCACAGGAACGGCUGCGAUCCGGAUUUCAAAUGCAGAAACCUACAACUGGACAUCGAAGCACUCAUCGAUAACAUGGUGGAUAAGACAAAAGUAGAGAUCAGCGAGGCCAAGGCCACAGAGCUGGAGAAAAAGCUGGAUGCAGAGUUGACCGCACGCCAUGAGCUGCAGGUGGAGUUCAAGAAGAUGGAGAGUGAUUAUGAGCAUAAGGUCCAAGAGCUCAGUGCUGAAAAAGAAACUCUUGGAAAUGAGAAAGUGGGCAAAGAGAAAGAGAACCAGGAGCUGUGUGGAGAAAUCGGCCAACUCAAAGAAAAGGUUGAAAAACUGUCUAAGGAUCUUGAAGAAGCCAAGAGGAAAAUCGUUGCGGUACCUGUGCAAAAGCCAGGCUCAACUGCCCACACUGACCCUUCAGCACCAGCCUCAAUGCCCCACCAACCACCUCUUCCUAACCAAUCAGGCAUGCCCCCUCCACCCCCACCUCUGCCUGGCCAAGCAUGCAUGCCUCCUCCUCCACCACCCCCACCUCCACCUCUGCCUGGCCAAGCAUGCAUGCCUCCUCCUCCACCACCACCACCCAUUCCAGGGAUGAUGGGACCCCCACCACCUCCACCUCUACCUGGGCAGGCAGGUGGGAUGCCCCCUCCACCACCUCCAUUACCCGGUGCUCCUGGUAUGCCCCCACCACCGCCUCCACCCCCAGGGCUUGCAGGAAUGCCACCCCCUCCUCCAAUGCCUGGAAUGCCUCCUCCACCACCAGGAGGAUUUGGAACCUGGGCUGCUCCAGUACCACAAUUGCCAUUCGGCCUGAAGCCCAAGAAAGAGUACAAACCAGAGGUGCAGCUUAAGAGGGCCAACUGGAGUAAGAUUGCGGCUGAGGAUCUUUCAGAGGGCAGCUUCUGGGUAAAAUCGAAAGAGGACUGCUUUGAGAGUAACGAGCUUUUCUCCAGACUCACUCUGACGUUCUCCUCCCAGACCAAGACAAAGAAAGAUCAGGAUGGAGGAGAAGAUAAGGCAGCUCAGAAGAAGAAAGUGAAGGAGCUGAAAGUGCUCGACUCCAAAUCAUCCCAGAACCUCUCUAUUUUCCUGGGCUCGAACAGAUUGCCAUAUGAGGAGAUCAGAAAUGUAAUUUUGGAGGUGAAUGAGAAGGUGCUUUCAGAGAACAUGGUGCAGAGUUUGCUGAAGCUGUUGCCCGAGGAGGAGCAGCUGAAAGUGUUAUUAGAGAUGAAGGAUGAGUAUGAUGACCUUGCAGAGUCUGAACAGUUUGGAGUGGUGAUAAGCUCAGUAAAACGUCUGAAGCCACGACUCAACGCCAUCUUAUUCCGACUGCAGUUUGAAGAGCAGAUAAAUAACGUGAAGCCAGACAUUGUGGCCGUGACUGCAGCAUGCGAGGAGCUGAGGAAGAGUGAUAACUUUGCCCAGCUCCUUCAGAUCAUUCUACUUGUCGGCAACUACAUGAAUGCUGGCUCACGCAACGCCAAAGCCUUUGGCUUCAGCAUCAGCUACCUGUGCAAGCUAAGAGACACAAAGUCCGCAGAUCAGAAACAGACCCUCUUGCAUUUCCUGGCAGAUGUGUGUCAGGAGCAGCAUCCCAGCAUCAUGCACUUCCCUGAGGAGCUUAUUCACGUGGAGAAAGCCAGCAGAGUCUCGGCAGAGACACUCCAGAAAAAUCUGGAUCAGAUGGGGAAGCAGAUCAAGGAUCUGGAGAAGGACAUCGAGACUUUCCCUCCACCCCAAAAUGACAAGGAUAAAUUUGUCGAGAAAAUGACGAUUUUUGUGGGGACUGCGCGAGAGCAGUUUGAGAAGCUCCAGCUGAUGCACAGCAACAUGGAGAAGCAGUAUGAAGACCUGGGCAAAUACUAUGUGUUUGACCCUAAGAAAAUGAGCCCCGAGGAGCUCUUCGGGGACCUUAACAACUUUAAGAACAUGUUCCAGCAAGCCGUGACCGAGAAUCAGAAACGUAAGGAAGCAGAGGAAAAGAUGCGCAAGGCUAAACUUGCGAAAGAGAAAGCGGAGAAAGAGAAAGAGGAGAGACAGAAGAGAAUGAACGCCGGACACUCACUCAACAUCAAUGACGAUGGCGAUGAGACAGGUAUCAUGGAUGGCCUGUUGGAAGCACUGCAAUCAGGAGCUGCUUUCAAACGGAAGAGAGGUCCACGGCAAGCAGGAAAUCGAAGAGGAGCUGGCCAUGCAGUGACAAACAUUCUUGCCAAAGAACUGCUGCAGGAAGACCCCAAGCCUAGUCCAGCCAGAAAGAUGCGAAAGGACAGUGAGAGCAAGAAGGCAGAACCAGCGGAAGACACAGGUUCUCUGGAGGAUCUCUUGGACGAUGCCCCACUACGGUCUAAUUAGGAACUUCCUGUACUGACUCUUUGCUUGGGGGGACAUUGCUUGGGGGCCAAAUGUGAGGGUGGGGUCUCUGUCUUUUACACACACCCCUAUGUAAGCCUUGAUGGCUUACUGUUGGCCAAUUUUACUGUAGACGUGGGGCUCUGUCGGCCCAGCCCCUAAUGGGAGGUUAGAAAAUUCUACGAUCACACCUGCACUCAUCCACUGCCCUGUUUUCAUCACUUUGUUUUGUAUCUUACUUUUCUUGAAGGUAAAAUCGGAUCAACCCAAAAGAUCUGUUUAAAUAUUGACACAUUUCAGGUGAUAACUUUCAUGAUAUUACUGCACUUAAGUUUAGUUUCUUUUGACUUUUAGUUGUUUAACAGUACUUCAUAUUUACACACAAAUUCAGUUGUUUGUUGCUUUCUGGAGCCAAGUGUAAUACUAUGCAAAAUGUCCUGUAUACAGAGUGUUAAGCAUAAAGUGAAUUUCCAUUACAUUAGCAAAAAAAAAGUGCCAACUGAUAGCUUAGAAAUGUGUAUACCAGCAAACUGUUGAAUAAGAGUGUGCCUUAAGUGGAGUGGAAGCCAAACACAGACAGGCAUAUUCUCUGUGAGUUCAUGAAAGAGAGCGCGUGUGUGUGUGUGUGUGUGCACGUGUGUGCUUGUGUUAUAUUGAAAUUCAGGUACCAGGUGAGACUAUUUCUUUCCCCCCAACAGUUCUGUUGUUUUUGUCUAUGUCUUUUACAAAGCUCUAGCUACACGUCUCAUAGCUAAAUCUAGAGUAGUUUCUAAUUAUUUCACCACAAUGAUAGAAACUGGGUGUGUGUGUGUGUGUGUGUGUGUGCACACUUACACACUGCUCUGUAUAAUUACUAAACUGGAUAAACUGUCGUAAACAUCUCAUAAACAGUC